AUGGCACUAAGCGACGAGUCGGCGGCGGGCGCCCCGGAGGAGCAGGAGGAGGACGCCGGCCGUGAGUCGGACGCGCUCGCCCGCGGCGCCGCCCUAGAGGCGUUCGGCGAGAGCGCGGAGACGCGCGCGCUGCUGGGCCGCCUGAGGGACGUGCACGGCGAUCGGGCGGCCCGGGAGGUGGCGCUGGAGCGGUUCCGAGUGAUAAUGGAUAAGUACCAGGAGCAGCCUCACCUGUUGGACCCUCACCUUGAAUGGAUGAUGACCUUGCUGCUGGACAUAGUGCAAGAGAAGACAUCUUCACCCACCCUUGUACAUCUGGCUUUUAAGUUUCUCUACAUCAUCACCAAGGUCCGAGGAUAUAAAAUAUUUCUGCGUUUGUUUCCUCACGAGGUGGCUGAUGUGCAGCCUGUUUUAGAUAUGUUUACAAACCAGGACCCGAGGGACUAUGAGACUUGGGAAACCCGCUACAUGCUGUUACUGUGGCUCUCGGUGACCUGCCUGAUCCCUUUUGAUUUUUCCCGCCUUGAUGGGAACCUUGCUGCUCAGCCUGGGCCAGCACGAAUACCUGUAAUGGACCGUAUUCUCCAGAUCGCAGAGUCCUACUUGGUCGUCAGCGACAAGGCCCGUGAUGCUGCUGCUGUCCUCGUGUCCAAGUUCAUUACACGUCCAGACGUCAAGCAGAAGAAGAUGGCCACCUUCCUGGACUGGGCCCUCCGCACACUGGCCUGCUCCUCCUUCCAGACCAUUGAGGGGACCAUCACCAUGAACGGGGUGCUGCAGGCGCUGGCACAAAUAUUUAAACAUGGAAAACGUGAAGACUGCUUACCCUAUGCCUCCAUUGUUCUCAAGUGCCUUGACGCCUGCAGACUCUCGGAGGGCAAUCAUACCCCGCUCCGGAAGCUUGGAAUGAAGCUCGUCCAGCGUUUGGGGCUGACCUUCCUGAGACCCAGGGUGGCGAAGUGGAGGUAUCACCGUGGGUACCGGUCUCUGGCUGCUAAUCUGAAGCUUCCCACCCAGAAACAAAAUGAGCAGACAGCUCACACUGAGACGUCGGAUGGGGAAGAUGACUAUGAUGUACCAGAGGAGGUAGAAAACGUGAUAGAACAGCUGCUGGCCGGGCUCAAGGACAAGGACACAGUUGUGCGGUGGUCAGCAGCCAAAGGCAUUGGCAGGAUGGCAGGACGGCUUCCCCAGGACAUGGCGGAUGAUGUGGUGGGGUCCAUGCUGGAUUGUUUCAGUUUUCAGGAGACGGACAAUGCGUGGCACGGUGGGUGUCUGGCGCUGGCAGAGCUGGGCAGAAGAGGCCUGCUGCUUCCCGCUCGACUCACUGACGUUGUUGCCGUGAUCCGGAGGGCACUGACCUAUGAUGAGAAGCGGGGUGCCUGCAGUGUGGGCGCCAAUGUCAGGGAUGCUGCCUGCUACGUGUGCUGGGCCUUUGCGCGUGCCUAUGAGCCGGCAGAGCUACGGCCCUUUGUGGCCGAGAUCUCCAGUGCACUGCUGAUUGUCACCGUGUUUGACCGCAACGUGAAUUGCAGAAGAGCUGCCUCGGCUGCUUUCCAGGAGAAUGUGGGCAGACAGGGGACUUUCCCUCAUGGAAUUGACAUUUUGACCACAGCCGACUACUUUGCUGUUGGUAACAGAGCCAGCUGUUUCCUGGUUAUAAGCGUGUUCAUUGCUGGCUUUCCUGAGUAUACCCAACCCAUGAUAGACCAUCUGGUCACCAUGAAGAUCAGCCACUGGGAUAGGGUCAUCCGGGAGCUGUCUGCAAAGGCAUUGCGGAACCUGGCCUGGUGUGCUCCUGAAUAUUGUGCUACUCACGUUUUUCCUAAACUGUUGUCCUUGACGCAGAGCCCAGACCUACACACACGCCACGGGGCGAUCCUGGCCUGCGGGGAGGUCACCUGCACCUUGUAUGGAUUUGCAACCCAGGGCGGCAGGCCUGUCACAGACUACCUGGAUGAAAGGGCCCUGCAGGGGCUGAAGCAGAUUCACCAGCAGCUUUAUGAUCAUCAGUUAUACAGGGGUCUGGGAGGAGAACUCAUGAGACAAGCAGACCUGGGUCAGCAGCAGGAGACCCUGUGGUCCGGCGGCCUCUCUGCCUCCCUGUGGUCUCUGCAGAUCCGGAACACCACGGCCAGCCACGUGUAUGAAAUGGUACUCACCUAUGGUGAGGAGGUCACAGGCAACCAGGCUCUGGAUGAGGUCAUGACUGUGCUUGGGGAAACAGUCUGGGACGCAGAGCUCCCACUGGUGAGGGAGCAGCGGAACCGCCUAUGUGACCUC